UCGCCUCGCGCAGUAGUCAGUCCUCUCUGCUCAGCCUUUAGCAACAUAGGUUUUUCCUUUCCUUCUCUUUCAGCAAACCAGAGUGUCGCCACAGAGAUCCUCCAAUGGGGUACAUACAGGAAGCACGUGAGAAUCACGUGAAGAAGAAGGUAGAAGAAGCGCUGAGGAGCAAAAUGAAGCAGAAGGCGAUGAAGGAGUGUAAGGAUUACGCGGCCAAAUAUGCAGAGUGCUCUACCGGCAGAACCAUCUCCGUUGUUUGGCAGUGCCGACAAGAAGCCAAGGAAUUGAACAAUUGUCUUCACCAAUACACUAAUGAUGAUGUCUUGGAGCAAAUGAAAAAGGAUUACAUGCUUCAAGAGGAGCAGAAGGGGUCUACCAGAAAUCUAAAUUCAUCCUCUAUCUAAGUUAUAGACGACACAGUUAGCACUGAGUUUGUUGUUAAGCUGAAUAUUUUUAAUGUUUUCCUGAUACUGGUUAUGCUGCAUUUUAGUCACUCAUCGGUUCAUAUUUCAACUAUUCAUCAGUUGUGUUAUAUUGAUAUCAGCCGUGGUGCAAUAGCUGUCCAGGCUUGCGAGAUUCUCUAUCUUGGAAGAAUGACUGGCCAAUACUGUUUGUAUUUAGAAUCAUGUCGAAAUAUGGAUAUGAAAUUUGGUCUUGCAGGCUAGA